AUGAACCAAACUGUUGAUUCGAGCCCCGAUGCGCCAGCUGUUUUCACUUCGCCGAGCAACAUCAAUGAUCCGAUUCAUGUGCCCUCGUCGAUGUCUCAGUUGCCAUCUGGCCCGGCCAGCUUUGGAUCCAGUACGAAUGUCCUGGAAGGCACCCAGAGCAACCAUACUGUUUUCUCGGGUGUCCAUGAUUUGCCACUGGUCGCCCUGGACAUGAGCGCUGACUUUCCUUGGACGCUCGAAUACACCGAUUUCUUCUCUGAGAGUCAUCUGGCUGCCCAUCAUCCACCGGUAGCUCAGUUGGGAUACUCACUAUCUCCAUUCGCCUCUAGUGCGGAAAUCAGUCUAAACAGUGGUCCUGAUAAAUUACCUUCUCAGGGUCCUGUUCCAACGCGAGAGUUUCGGAGCGAGGGCGAAAGAUUCUCUCCAACUAUUCAAAUCCAAGAGCUGCGUCAGUCAGAAUCUCCAACUCCCUUCCAGUUACUCGCAAUGCAAGCUACAGAUGACGAUAUUGCCAUGGCGGAGAAUUUUUGUCAUGUGAAUGUGCCAUUGAACAAUGUCUAUAAAUCCGUUUUUGCCUUCUACGAGCAGCAGCAUGAUGUUCGCUUUCAGGAAGUUCCAUUCCCCCAUCUUUCUGUUUUCAACUCAUUCAUCCAGCUCUAUUAUGAGCAUUUUGAUGACCAAUUACCAUUCAUUCAUCCAUCGUUGUUGGAACAAGCAAAUACACCGUGGAUCCUCACUUUGGCUGUGGCAUCUGUUGGAUGCCAAUAUACCAACGUCGCCAAACGGGAUGCAUAUGUACCCAUGCUUACAGACCUUCUCAGGUUAUCUCUUCCCCUCGAUGUAAGUGGUGAUCGAUUAUUUUGCCAUUGUGUGUAUCUGACUGACUUAUCUGCAGGCCCUGAAAUCUCGGAGCUAUGA